AUGGGGAAGUCUCUUGGAAAGUGGAUCAAGACUGUGUUUUUUGGGAAGAAGUCAUCAAAUUUUAAUCUCUCAAAAGAUGCUACUUCAGAAAUAACAGUAUCCAUCACUGGUAAAACACCAUCAAACAAUUUUGGUGUUGAUUCAAUGAUCAUCUCAAGUCCAGUGCACCCUGUAAUUGAUUCAAAUGAUCAUACAGAACUUGAAAAGACCUCAAGUGCUAACGUAAUAACCGAUUCACCUGAAAAUGAUAAUGCAAAUGAUUAUACAGAACUUGUAUAA